UUGGCUUGUUGCCGUGGAGCGAGGAAUAGAGAGAGAGAGAGAGAGAGAGAGAGAGAGAAGGACCCGGAUACUGAUGCUAGAGAGAAGAAGGAAGAGGGGGAGAGAGAGGCUGGAUAGAGCGAUUUACUGGAAGGAGAGAAGAAAAAAAAAUAAAAAGACAGACAUCUAAAAGACAGUUCGCAAUAUCCGAAUGGGAAGCUACAAUCCAGCAUCGGAGCACGGUCUGAUCUUCUUUUCAUCUCGAAAGCUUUGCAUGAGCGAAGGAAGGAGGAGGACACGGCGGAGGAGAGAGAGAGGGAGAGGGAGGGAGAGAAGGAUGCUGUGAUGCGCGUAUACAGGGAGGGAUGGAGGGAGAGGGAGGGCAUCUAAAGAGGGUUGUUUUGUCCGACAACGGAUGUUCGCUGUUUACUUGUGCCUGCUAAUCACCACAACGAUGCACAUCACAGAUUUCAACAGCAAACCUCAUUCUGGUUCAAUUCGGGACACAAUGCAAUAGAGUCGUGUUUCUGUAUAGGACGCGCGCGCGCGUGUGUCUGUAAGUGUGUGUGUGUGUGUGCUUUGAAAAAGCAGAACACGCUGCAUCCCUCACCUGUGAUCACAGGCCUUUUGCGCAUUGAGGAUCCGGUUUAUGUUUCCAAACAGCCUCCUUUCCGUGGUCGGUCCUAGCAGGUGAUGACUUUCCGGAAGGACGGUGCUGAAGUGAUCGAGUGUAGGAGAGCUGGUGCAUACGUGUAGAAACGCGAUCGAUAUCAACUCAUCCACGCUGUACUGUGACUAUAUGCACUGUGCGUAAAGGAUAGCCUAGUCUGUGUGCACGCAUGUCAUUGUGAUUAUGAUCAUCAGUAGGAUUGUUAUGGAAACUUAGAAGAUCGGAAUGAACAGCACAGACAUGGGACGUGCAACAACAUCCUUGUGUACAGGCCUGGCCACAUGCAGAAGCUUCAACAACAACGUUACGGGACCCUUGUGAGAACCUAUAUAGCCUUGUCACUUAUUGUAGACCACACAGGGAUGUUCUGAAGAUAUAACUACAGAAGGUUACAAGUUAAAUGUCAUUAAAGCCUCUCUCCGCCAUGUCAAAAGACCCGAUUUGCAGCCAGACGGCUCAGUAUGUGGGGCCAUACAGGCUGGAAAAGACACUGGGGAAAGGACAGACAGGGCUGGUGAAACUUGGCGUGCACUGCAUCACGGGCCAGAAAGUGGCCAUCAAAAUAGUGAACCGAGAAAAGCUCUCGGAGUCUGUGCUCAUGAAGGUGGAAAGAGAGAUCGCCAUCCUGAAACUAAUCGAGCACCCGCAUGUUUUGAAGCUGCAUGACGUCUAUGAGAAUAACAAGUACCUGUAUCUGGUGUUGGAACAUGUGUCUGGCGGCGAGCUUUUUGACUAUUUAGUGAAAAAAGGAAGAUUGACGCCCAAAGAAGCCAGAAAGUUCUUCAGGCAGAUCAUCUCAGCUCUGGAUUUCUGCCACAAUCACUCAAUCUGUCACCGAGAUCUGAAGCCAGAGAAUCUCCUGCUGGAUGAAAAGAAUAAUAUCAGAAUCGCUGACUUCGGCAUGGCCUCCCUACAGGUGGGGGACAGUCUGCUAGAGACAAGCUGUGGAUCUCCACAUUACGCUUGUCCUGAAGUGAUCAGAGGUGAGAAGUAUGACGGUCGGCGAGCAGACGUAUGGAGCUGCGGUGUGAUUCUGUUCGCUCUACUUGUGGGUGCGCUCCCUUUCGACCACGACAACCUGCGACAGCUUCUGGAGAAGGUAAAGAGUGGAGUAUUCCACAUGCCCCAUUUCAUCCCACCUGACUGCCAGUCUCUACUACGCGGCAUGAUUGAGGUGGAUUCGGAAAAGAGGCUUACGCUAGAGCAAAUCCAGAAGCACGCCUGGUAUCUGUCAGGCCGUAACGAGCCAUGUCCCGAGCAGCCGCCGCCGAGGCGCGUGUGUGUGAGGAGGAUUCUCUCUCUGACUGAGCUGGAUCCAGAUGUGUUGGAGAGCAUGCACUCUCUGGGCUGCUUCCGAGAUCGAGUCAAACUGACCCAAGACCUGCAGUGUGAAGAGGACAACCAAGAGAAGAUGAUCUAUUACCUCUUACUGGACCGUAAGGAGCGCUAUCCCAGCUACGAGGAUGAAGACCUGCCACCCAGACAUGAUGUAGAUCCUCCACGGAAGCGUGUGGACUCGCCCAUGCUGACCCGUCACGGUCGCUGCCGGCCAGAGAGGAAGAGUCUGGAGGUGCUGAGUGUGACGGAGCAGGGCUCCCCUACACCCCCCCGCAGGGCGCUGGACACCUCUGCACACAGCCAGAGAUCACGAUCAGUAAGUGGAGCAUCUACUGGUCUCUCCUCUAGUCCUUUAAGCAGUCCCAGGAGCCCGGUGUUCACAUUCAGCCAAUCUGAAGUCGCCACUGCCACCAAACCCCGUACUGCGAGCUCUCACGAGUCUAAAACCCAGACCCUGCCAUCUAAAACUCCUCCUGAGCGACCUCGUCUCCACUCCAUGAAAUCCCUCCCACUUCGCUCCUCUUCCUCACGCUCACCCUCCCCUUCUCCGCUCCUCUCACCGCUCCCUCGCUUCCUCUUUUCCCAUGCCCCAUCAGCCGCGCUGAAAUCCGUCACUAAAUGCUCCUAUCCGAUGUCCCAGGUGACCCCUCAGGGUUCGCCCCUGCCCACACCUCUGGGCACCCCCGUCCAUCACCCCCACCCUCCCCCUUCCUCCUCCUCUUCCUCCCGUGCUGAAGGAGGAGGUGUUGGCUCACUCUCGCUGACUCCGCCCACUAGCCCAGGAGGAAGCGGGGCUGGCAUGGCAGCCAGCAGCUCCGCCCACUGGAGGACCAGAUUCAAUUCAUUCAAGAACAACCUGCUCGGCUCGCCGCGCUUCCACCGCCGCAAGCUGCAGGUUCCCACUUCUGAGGACAUGUCAAGCCUUACACCAGAGUCCAGCCCUGAGCUAGCGAAGCGCUCCUGGUUUGGCAACUUUAUCAGCUUAGAGAAGGAGGAGCAGAUCUUUGUGGUGAUCAGAGACAAACCGCUCAGCUCAAUCAAGGCGGAUAUUGUACACGCCUUUCUCUCUAUUCCAUCCCUCAGCCACAGCGUGGUCUCCCAGACGAGUUUCCGGGCAGAGUAUAAAUCUUCUGGAGGUCCGUCUGUAUUCCAGAAGCCUGUGAAGUUUCAGGUGGACAUUGCCUUCUCUGAGGGAGAGAGGGAGAGGGAGCGGGAAAGAGAGAAAGAAGGAAAGAGGAAUUAUGGAAUCUACAGUGUCACUUUCACCCUCAUAUCAGGCCCAAGCCGCAGAUUUAAGAGAGUGGUGGAGACGAUUCAAGCCCAGCUGCUUAGCACACAUGACCAGCCCUCAGUACAGGCUCUCGUGGAUGAGAAGAACGGCCGUCCUCAUGGAACACCAACCAGACAGAACUCUCGACGCUCAGAAGGAGGAGCUGACCGCUGCGAAUGGGUUGAGCGAGGCGAGGGUGGAGCCUUACUCCAAAGAAGAGGUUCAGCCAAAGAGAGGACCCGACUGCUAUCAUCUAAUGGGACCCAAUCACAGCCUUGA